AUGCUCUUUCAAGCUGCUGACAAGUUACAACUUAACAUCAAAUGGAAUCAAGUCUCCCUUCACACCGUCUUUGAAUUUCCUCUUCUGAAGGUUUGCACCUAUGAUGGUCCUAAUGAUGAGCCUCCAAAGGUUAGUUGGAGGAACUUGCUGGUUCGCGAUGUUUACGUUCUUGAUCCACAACUACGUCGUUGUCGUGCUCGUACCCUUUCGGAACGUCGAUCCAUUUCCAAUCGGAAUCGUGUUGUCACCUUUUUAAAGGACAUUGACACACAUGGUGCAUGGAGUCUCAAAGUUUGUUUUCGGCGUUUGUUACUUUUUCCGUAUUCCUCAACACCAUCACCUUAUUUUGAUCACGCAUUCCAUCGACUUUUGGCUCGCACAACUCACACUGGUCUGGAUCUUGUCACUUUCACCCGCAAACAAUUUCGCUACAGCCUCUUGAUUCCUUUUCACCAACUUCCCAGCAGCUAUCCACGUGCUUCAAAAUCCGAAUGGCGACGUUUUUGGUCUGCACCUUUCCCACAUCGCAUCAUUACGGUUCUUUGGCGCCUCCAUCACCUUCGAAUACCAUGUCGAGCACGUCUACAUCACCUUGCUCCCACCAUCGCCCCUUCACCACUUUGUCAUAUCUGUCAAUCAGCCAACAUUCCUGGUUUACAACCCAUUGAGGAUGACAAGCAUUUUUUCUUCUCAUGUCCAUUCAUUCAACCCUUUUGGCGUCGUUUAUUCGAUCACUACAUCCCCGCCACAGGUCCCAUAUCAUGGGACCACAUCAAAGCUUUGAACCCCUCUCAUCCUUCCGCCGUGAUGCCUCC